UGUGAAGAACGGAGAGAAAGGGUCUCCCAAACUCUCCAUCUCUCCUCCUCCUUCACAGGAAUGUCACCAGACAGACGCUCCUCCCCUCUGCAGGGAGAUGGUGAGGGGAGAAAAGGGGGUAAAGGGCCAUGAGGGAGAGAUGUGGCUGCAGAAUCGGUAGGAGGAAACAGGGAGGUGUUGCUCUCCUCAGAUCUCCAUAUAUUCUUCCUCUGAGUCGACUCUGCAGAGAGGAGGAAGCUCUCCAGACCUCCGACCAGUCCUGCCCUCCUACUGGCAUCUGCAAGGCAGACACGGAGCUGUUUUCUCAGCUGGGAUACUGUGUUUGGGUGGAGAAAUGAGGGCAGAGCUGCUGCUUCUCUUUGUCGGGGUGACCCUCUGCUGCACCCUGGUCUGGGCUCAGCACGACCCGGACGAGAAGAGGGUCUCCAGGGACCUGGCGAGGGUCAGGGAGGCCGGCGGAACGCUGGUGGAAGAGGGCCAGGAAGGCGUAGAGAUGUCAGACCAGCCGGCCGAAGUGAAGGAGGACGACAAGGCAAAACCAAAGAAGAAAAAAACUCCAGAGGAAAUCGAGGCAGCCAAAGCAAAGAAGGCCGCAGAGAAAGAGGCGAAAGCAAAGAAGCAGAAAGGUCCAAAACCCACCAAGAAACCCAAACCCCCAAAACCAACCAAGAAGCCAAAGGCUCCCAAAGCCACCAAGAAGCCAAAGGUUCCCAAAGCCACCAAGAAGCCGAAGACGACGACCACGGCACCGCCGGACGAGGAGGAGAGGCUGCUGAUCGAGCUGGGCCUGAAGACAGUGACUGAACCUUCAACCGCUAAGGAGCCUGCGGAGCCGGGUCGAGGUGAGCCGACAGGUAGACACACAGACCAGAAAGAAACCACAACUACGGAGGUCAUCUUGUACAUACCAGAGGAAACAACCUCUAUUCCUUUCAAUGGCUCCUGGUAUGAAGAGUACGAAUACACCGACUUGGCAGUGAAGAAACAAGAAGAGGAGGAAGAACGAGCUCGGAAAGAAAAGGAAGAAAAAGCCAAGCAGCUGAAGAAGAAGUGGGAGGAAGAGGAAGAGGAGAGACUGAGGCAGACUUUUGUGGUGGCAAAACCAAAAGACUGCCCUCCUCUCGGCUUGGAGUCUCACCGGGUAGAAGACGACCAGCUGCUGGCGUCUUCUCAGUCUCAUCAUGGCUUCUCUGCUCAGAGAGGACGCCUCAAUAUGCAGAGUACCAAUGAUGAGGACGACAUGUAUGGAGGUGCGUGGUGUGCAGAGACGGAGGAGAAGGAGCACUGGUUUGAGGUGGACGCCCGCAGAGAGGUGGAGUUCAGCGGAGUCAUCACGCAGGGAAGGAACUCGGAGCAGCAGGAGGAUUUCGUGUCGUCCUUUUUCGUGGCCUUCAGUAACGACAGCCGCGAUUGGACGGUGCUGCACGACGGCUACGCCGAGUGGCUGUUCUACGGCAACGCCGACAAGGACACGCCGGUGAUGAACCAGUUUGCCGCUCCGGUGGUUGCUCGUUACAUCCGCAUCCUGCCUCAGAGCUGGAACGGCUCGCUGUGUCUGCGGGCCGAGGUUCUGGCCUGCCAGCUGCCGGGCAGCUUCCACAGUGAGAAUGAGUUCAACUCCACAGAUGAUCUGGACUUCAGACACCACAACUACAAGGAGAUGAGGCAGAUGAUGAAAACUGUGAACGAAGAGUGUCCCAACAUCACCAGGAUCUACAACAUUGGGAAGAGCUCCAACGGCCUGAAGAUGUACGCCAUGGAGAUCUCAGACAACCCCGGCGAGCACGAGACCGGUGAACCUGAGUUCCGCUACACAGCCGGUCUCCACGGUAACGAGGUGCUGGGUCGGGAGCUGCUCCUGCUGCUGAUGCAGUUCUUGUGCAGAGAGUACAAGGUGGAGAAUCCCAGAGUGCGCCGCCUGGUGGACGGAGUCAGGAUUCACUUGGUGCCCUCGUUAAACCCGGACGCUUACGAGCUCGCCUUUGAGAUGGGUUCUGAGAUGGGAAACUGGGCUUUGGGCCACUGGACUGAAGAAGGUUACGACAUCUUUGAGAACUUCCCAGACCUGAACAGCAUAUUAUGGGGCGCAGAGGACCGGGGCUGGGUUCCCCGGAUCGUUCCGAAUCAUCACAUCCCCAUACCAGAAAACUUCUUCAACGGUUCUCUGGCAGUGGAGACCAGAGCCAUCAUUUCCUGGAUGGAGAGGAACCCGUUUGUGUUGGGGGCCAACCUGCAGGGAGGGGAGAAGCUGGUGGCGUACCCUUUCGACAUGCAGCGCCCCCAACUGUCUCUCACAGACAACCGGCGCUGGAGGGUGAACUCGGAGAUGAACGAGGAAACGUGGGCCCGCAUCCAGCGGCAGAACACCGGAGCCCUGAGGGAGACGCCGGACGACGCCAUGUUCCGCUGGCUGGCCAUGUCGUACGCCCACAGUCACCUGACCAUGACGGAGACCUACCGAGGAUCCUGUCACGGCGAUGACGUCACCGGUGGGCAGGGCAUCACCAACAGAGCGGCCUGGAAGCCGGCGGUGGGCAGCAUGAACGACUUCAGUUACCUGCACACAAACUGUUUCGAGCUCUCCAUCUUCCUGGGAUGUGACAAGUUUCCCCACGAGAGCGAGCUGCCGCUGGAGUGGGAGAACAACCGCGAGGCUCUGCUGUCCUUCAUCGAACAGGUGAACCGAGGGAUUAAAGGCGUGGUGAAGGACGUGGAGGGAAACCCGCUGCCGAACGCCACCGUCUCCGUGGAGGGAAUCCAGCACGACAUCAGAACUGCCGCAGGCGGAGACUACUGGCGCCUCCUGAACCCCGGAGAGUACAAGGUGACGGCCAAAGCCGACAACUACACCCCCCAGACCAGGCUAUGCCUCGUGGGCUACGAGGCUGGAGCCACGCCCUGCGGCUUCACCUUAGCCAAGUCCAACUGGAGUCGCAUCAAACAGAUCAUGGCGCUGCACGGCAACAGACCCAUCCGGCUGGUGAAGCAGCCAAAGGCAGCGGCCAGGACGACAUCGCCCCCCAGCACCACCGCUGCCACGGAAACGCAGGCCAACUCCCAGAACGCAGACCGACUCAGGCGCCUGCGACUCAUGCGUCUGCGCAGGCUGCGCCAGCAGCAGAGGUCGCACAUACUCAGAACCACAACAACAACGACGACGACGACGACAACAGCAGCGCCUAAAACCAAGACGACCACCUCCUGGUACGACCCGUCCUUCGACAGCUGGCUGACGGAGAACCCGUUUGACAGCUUCGACUCGCAGCCAACGCAGGACUAUCCCUUUGAACACACCUUUGACUGAACAGCAGCAGCAUCUCAAUGAAAUAUUUGAUUAAAAAAGUCAAAGUAGGAAUAAAAAGUCUCUGCUGAGCAGAAACUUUAGGAAAUGAGAACCUCCAGAACUUUCUCUGCUUCCAUCACUUUCCUAGCUUCACAGUGUAAUAGCAGGCUUCAGUGUAACUGAUGUUAGAAAUAAAAAAUGACCUUAUUUUUGAA